AUGGAGUACUCGAGAAAACUUCAAGCCCAGCUGCGGAAAGAUAUUGCAGCACUUUCCACCACCUGGACCUCUCUCGUGGUUAAGAUGGCGACACGCCUCCUUGGCCCGACCGGAUUUGAGGACUUUGACUUUAGCCAGACACACAGCUCGGCAGAAGAGGAGGCCAUCUUUAAUCAAAUCACGAACCAGCUCCUCACGAGGCUGGCGAAGAUUGUGGCGGAGGAGGGUAGGGGAUAUUUUGGACCGUUGGAGCGACUGAGCAGCGAGAGUCAGGAAGACGAGAAUGCCAGUGUCUGA